AUGCUGUACGGGUACACCCUGGUAUUAUUCAGUUGGAAUCAUAUAAUCUUGGUCAAACCGUUUGCUUGCGUCUACCAGUUUCUACAUACGACAAGGAAUUUUACACAGGAUAACGAGCCAUCACAUUUUAAAACUGAACCAUGGCACGAGGAAGCAGUGGAAGCCAGCUGUGCGGAGCAGCUUCAUAGGAAAACACAACAAUCCAACUUCGUGGGCUUCGCUGAGGAUCUGACAGUUGGCCAGGAGAUCCGUUUAUAUCUUUUCUGGGCACUCAAUGCAUACAACUCUCGGCUGAAUGAGUUUGCACAGGCUCAUUUCCGUUUGUUUUCCAUGGUUGAAAAAAAAUUAUACUGCGGAGCCUUUGCUUCGUGUUUCUCCAAUUGGGCAUGA